ACUUUCUGCACGCUGCACGUCCCAAAGACUUCAUGUAAUUGUGGCGACACGGCUGCGAGUUAAGGUCUUGUUCCUGCAUUACUGUCCUUGACACCCUCCCGGCGGGAUCUGCUUGUCCAUGGCCGAAGUGCCAGUUUAUACUGUUACAGCCACAAUCGACGACAAUGCCUCUCAACACCCUCCGCCUCAACCAUCAAAAAUCGUCCCAUCCCAAUGACCGCAUCGUCUUCAUCAAGCCAUUGCCGCGACCGGCUUCAGACCAAGCCUCCUAUGAUCUUGCCGACACAUUCCUACGUGCAAUCGCCGCGCAAUGCUUGCCUCUCAUGAAGAAUCACUACCUCUCCGUCACUACGCUAGAAGAAUACGAGCCUAACCGGGAGUUUAUUGGCCGCAACUUUAACAAUGGUGAAAUCAUUCAGUUGGUCCUCCGCAGCAAGAACGGCGGAUGGGUUCCCUUCCGCAUGGUACAGAUGGUCAUGAUGCACGAGCUCGCUCAUAAUACGCACAUGAACCAUGGCAAAGGUUUUUGGAAGGCAAGAAAUAUCUACGCCGAAGAGAUGAAAGGUCUGUGGGCAAAGGGGUAUACCGGCGAAGGAUUUUGGGGUGGCGGGCGCACUCUGAGCGACAUGAGCACCGUCAUGGGCAAUAACGUCCUGACAAGCCAAGAAUUGGAGGGUUUGCCACUUUGCGGCGGGACGUAUCGAAGUCGCAGGAGGAAGCGCAAGGCCGGUGGUGAUGGGAAAGAAUUGACAUGGAAAGAGAAGAAGGAGAGACGAAUCGAGAAGAAGUUCGGCAAGAACGGCGUCGCGCUCGGUGAGGAUGAGAAUGCACGUAUCAAUCUUGAGAUCAGUCGGAAAGGUCCUAUCGGGGGGAAGCCUCGUGUGGCGCAGAGUAAGCGCGGGAGAGAAUUGAGGGUUGCUGCGGCCCUGGCUAGGUUCGAGACGAAUAAGCAGGAGGUGGCUACACUGAAGGAGCAGGAUGAAGAAACGGGGGAAGAAGAGUAUGAGGACGCUGAUGGAGAUCUCGAAGACGCUACGGACGGGAGUGGGAAAAGGAUACUUGACAGCCAGGGCCACGGUAUGGUUCGAAUAUGUGAGGACGAGGACACGGACGAUGCCAAUGUGAAGCGUGAGAUGGAGGAACUUGAAGGGUUGGACCGAUACUUCAAGCCAGUACAACAUGCGGGCUCAAGGGAUGACGAGGCAAGAACCCAACCAACCCAGCCCAUACCGAUAGACGACAUGCCCCAGAAGAAGAAUGCCGAUGACAAUGAGGAUCGGCGGUCAACUGAAGCAUCGACGGCUGCAAAGAGGGAGAGCCCGGCCCAGGCGCCGAAGGGUCCCAAGUCAAUGUCUAUCGAUGAACUCCAAGCCGAUACACAUCCUGUCCCUUUUGAAAAUUUCACGACAAGCUCAAAAACCUUGGUAGCAUGUCCAAUAUGCUCACUCGAGAACCCCCGUUUGAAUGCAACGUGCAUGGCAUGCGCUCAUGUCUUGGAUCCGAAGAAAGACCCGCGACAUUGGUCCUGUCAGAGCGAGGCGUGUAAAGAUAGUGCGAGUGUGUAUCUGAAUGCUGGAGAUGUCGGCGUGUGUGGAAUUUGUGGUGUGAGGAGAGGUGCAUGAUUACCAGUGGUUGUUGCGAAAACAUGACAAGAGAAAUGACUGUACGAUUACAAUGAUACCCAUAGCGAAAGAAGAGCAGAGCGGCCCGGCGAUCGAUACUUAUAGUAAGCCAAUUGGUGAGAU